GCAGGCGGCCGCGUAGCGGCGCUGGCGGCGGCGGCACGGCGGCGCGCGCUCGGCAAAGCUCUCGCAGUAGCGGCGCUGCUUCGCUCGUGGUCGGUUGCCAGGGCCCAGUACACCUCCGUACGUCCUCCCGCCUGUCCGACAGCCGACGCACCGACACGCUCGACCGCAUCCGGCACGUCGCUAUAGCAACGAUAGCCGCUCGCACGAUGCGAGACUAACGACAAGAACCGAAACGACCCCUGUGACUUAAUAUACGCAAAGUGGCCGGUGAAACUCGACGAAAACAACUUUGUUUUUUUUUCCCUUCCCUCCUGCUUCUCAUUUGCAACUUUUUUCUUUUUGCGGAAGUCGUCGAAUAGUGCAUGACAGCUGAAGCAAACUGCGGGUUUUUUAUCGUGUGCGUGUGACCUGGUCGCCGGCCGACAAUGGCGAGUGCGUGCAGUGGAUUGUUGUGGGCCGCUGCGGUUGCGGCGGUGACAGUCGCGCUCUGUGCAUGGGAGGUGACCGCCGGACCCGCGCUGCUCAAGAACGGCGGCUACGACGGCGUCAUCGUCGCCAUCGACGACUCCGUCCCGGCCGACAACUGCAGAGCCAUCCUCAACAACCUGGAGAUUUCACUGGCCGGCGCCUCGCAGUUCCUCCACGCGGCGCUAGAGGGCAGAGCCUACCUGAGGACAGUGACGGUGCUGCUCCCUGACGCCUGGGCCGACAGUUGCUCACCCCGCUACGUGACAACUUCGAGCGGCGAAACAGCAGAUAUCCGAGUCAGCGUCCCACAUCCCGUGUUCGGAGACAGUACUUGGACACAGCAGUCACAAGGAUGUGGGCAGCCCGGAGACUUCAUCUAUUUGAGUUACCGCCAGCUAUUAGAAGGAAAGAACUUAGCCCGCUCUCUAGUGAGAGAGUGGACCAAGUACAGGUAUGGAGUGUUCGAUGAAACUGGAUAUCACGGCGACUCAGUCUACCCCACUUGCUACUACGGCGAUCAGAAUAAGAGCAAAGUGACCGGCUGUUCUGACUUGCCAAUAGCAGACAUGGGGAUAUGUGAUGAUCCUAAUCUUGUAUAUAAUACAAGCAACAUGGUUCAUGCUGAUGCAAAAUCAUCAAUUAUGUUCGCCUCUGAAUCUCCACACAUCACAAAAUUCUGUGACUCGCAGACGCACAAUAAACAUGCUCCGACAAAACACAAUCUCAUAUGCGAAAGGAGGAGUGUGAUGGAUGUCAUCCUUCAACACCCAGAUUUUAUCAACAGUGUUGGUGAUGCAUCCGUCAUGACAAAUACCACUCCAUCUGUCUUGUACAAAAAGAGGAAACUGACCAGAUAUGUUCUGGUUGUCGAGGAGACAAUGGCCAUGCACGUCAGGGAAUCUUGGGUGUUCCUACGUACAGCAGUUCGUAAAUGGCUGGUAUACGAUCUCCCAGCUAACACAGAAGUUGGUCUCGUUCUUUGCAAUGAAACUGCAUCAAAUCGAGUGCAUCGGCUAUCUGAGCUAACCAGUGUGACUACGAGGGAUUUUCUAGCUGCAACCAUUCCUUACACACCAGGAGAAUCACAUUCAGCAGGUUGCCUGCAUUGUGGUGUCCGAGAGGCUCUCGAUAUGCUGAAGGACAGAGCUACUAUAGCAGGACCUGCAAGUUCUGUUGUCAUAAUUAUUGCACCUGGCAUGGAUCACAUCACAGAACUCAAUGCUUUACUGCCUCGUGCUGUCAGUUUUGGUGUGAGGCUGGUUACAAUAAAUUAUCCAAACAUAGCUAGAUCGGCCCCCUUGAAUUCACUUGCUCAUGCUACAGGAGGGGAAGCUUUUACAGUUCAGGAACAACGUUAUAAUAUGGCCACUUCUUAUGUCACAACCUACUUCAAACUGGCUAAUAUCCUAUUCAGCAUUGCUUCUCAAUACUAUGAAGGAAGACCAGGUGUAAUGCCAAUUGAGGUUCAUCGCCGUGAACUUUCUGAUGACGGCCGUAGCAGUGUGACCGGCAGUUUCGUUUUGGAAGAAUCGCUUGGCGAGCCUGCACAGUUUAAUGUGUAUACUCACAACUCAGAAAUGCCUUUAAUAAGAAGAAUGUCCCUCACAAGUCCUUCACAGAUAGUUUAUUCAAGGAGAUCAGAUUCAUUAUUGUCUUUCAAAAUGCUUACACUUCCAGCAAAUCUAAAUGAGACUGGAACCUGGACAUAUGAAAUAGAAAGAUUUCCUGGAAAUCCUCAACCACAUUUUGUUCAAGUCAUGGCAACACCAAGGACACGAUCUUCACUUGUUGUGCGAGCUCGGGCGUGGACUAGUGAAGGAAAAACUCCACUAAUUUUAUACACUGAGGUCAAACGAGGUGACUACCCAGUGCUUGGAGCCAGAGUAGAAGUCAUUGCAACUUAUCCUGGUAAAAAUGGUUCUGGUGCUCACAGAGAUAAAUUUGAGCUCUUGGAUACUGGAAGUGGAGAUCCUGACAUUACGAAAGGUGAUGGUGUAUAUUCGAGAUACUUUACUGCACAGGCAGAGGGAAUGUACACAUUUGAAAUUUCUGUGAUGGAUAAUGGCAACACAGCUUAUUCCUGGCAAGAUAUAGCAGUUUCUGAACCAUAUUCAGAGUGCUGUGGCAGUGUGGUGCCCACCCCUGCUGUGCAGCCACUGUCUCCGUUCCAGAGGAUCCUGCCACCAAUUUCUGCUGUGUUUGGACCAGAAGACAUCAGUAUCGAUCCAAUUUUGGGGCGUAUUGGAGACCUGAGAGCAAGAAUAAUACCAACUGACCUGAAGGCACGGCUCACAUGGACGGCACCAGACGUUGGCUCUACCCCUGUAUCACAUUAUGAAAUUCGUUAUGCACACAGCCUCUCUGAUAUCAUAGAACACUAUGAUAGUGUUGGCCAGAUAUGGAACUACGGUACACCAUUUCCAUUAACUCCCGGAUCAGAAACAACAUUCACAUUGGACUUCACUCGAAAUCCUUCUCUCCUCGAUUUGCCACUGUACAUUCGCAUGAGAGCAUUUGCAGAGAGUAUUGAUGGACCAGCAAGUGGACCAAUUUCAAAUUGGGUUUAUGUGAUGGUACCAUCGCCCCCUCCACCUCCACCUCCUCCAACAACCCUUCCGACUUCCACUUUUGACAUUUCAUCAUGGCCAAAUGAGAAUACAGAUGCUGCAUCAGUGUUACCAGGUAUAGCCCAAGCAGAAAAUUUUGGACUGGAACUGAUAUUGCCCAUUGUCGGAGGGUUGGCUUUGCUGACCAUCUGUCUCAUUGUAUACUGCUACAUUUGCAUCCUACGACGUCGCCAUGGCAAUUCUGACAAGAAGCAGAAAGGGAAAGACAAACACACUAGCAAUGGUAAACAGCAAGUGACUUCUCCUAGCACACCUGUCACCAUUAUGCCAUCAUCACCAGGCAACAUAAGCAAUGGCAACAGCAACAAUUCAAUAGCCCCUCCACCCCAGCCAGACAGCAUGCCUCCUCAGUAUGAAGCAACCAUAUCUGAAGAAAAGAAGAGAUUCAGUGUGUCACAGUUGCAACAGGAGGAGCAGAUGUUGCAGCAACAGCAUGAGCAGCUUCUUCAACAACAGCGAGACAUGACACCACAUGUAGUCGCUCUUCCGUCAACCAACAGCGUCAGUGGCAUCAGUACAAUAUCCAAUGGUGGAAGCAACACCAUCACUCGCGGUGGCAGAACGCUCAGCCCCUACCAGUCCUGGACUGCAUCACAGCUGCUGCAUGAACAUGAGAGAAGGCACAGCCCGUACGGAGGACGAGCUGAUGAAGAGGUAACAUCAGGCAAUGGUGGUAACCAAAUGCCACCCCCAGUUCCACCACUUCCAGCAUAUACUGCAAGUAAUAAUGCUGUAUAUUCAUCUGGCCCUAUUUAUGGAGUCCAUCCUGGUACGUUCUCAACUUCGGCAGGUUACCACAGAAAUGGAUCUCUGGUUCCUUUCAAUCCUAGCUUGCAGGGCUCUUUAAGCUCUGUCAGCAGUGGAGACAGGAAGAAACGAAAUGUCACUAUGGUUUAGUGAAGAGUGUGUGACAGUGAGUGUUGCACACUGGUGCACUGAGAGUCUGACUUGAUUUGUAAGAAAAUGACAUUAACCUAUAACAUAUCAUAUGUAUAUAUUUUAUAUAGGUCAGUAUUCUUUAAGUGUAGAAGAAUGAAUAUUUUCCUUAAGUGUUUGAAUGCAUGUGGAAGAGACGUUGUAAAUGUGAGAAAAUACUUACGUGUGUUGUUCCGAGUGGUGCUUUUUUAUGUGGAUUGUUGUCUGAAUGAGAGAAAACAAGUUAACAUUGACAUUUCAGCAGCAGCUCCAGUUUUUUAAAUAUUAAAUUUAAUGUGCCAAAUGUGUCAUGUGUAUAUACAUAAAUAGGGUUCAGUAUUUUUGUCAUUGCUUGUAAGUCACUCUGUCUAGUCACAAUUUUCUGUACAGAUUAAAAGGUGAAUUUACCUGUGUUGGUAAAUCAAGUUGAGUUGUAACUGAGACCAAUAAUUAUUUGUUUAAUAAACAUAAUGAAAUGAG